GGAAUCGUCGAAGAGAGUGCGCCUCUUAUAGUCUUUUGGCUGGUUGUAAAAUCUUUAAAGAGGGAAAAAUGAGGGAAAUCGUACAUAUCCAGGCUGGGCAAUGCGGCAACCAAAUCGGAGCAAAGUUCUGGGAGGUGAUAAGUGAAGAGCAUGGUAUUGAUGCCACCGGGUCUUACCAUGGUGACAGCGACCUGCAGCUGGACCGGAUCAACGUUUAUUACAACGAGGCUACAGGAGGCAAGUAUGUUCCUCGUGCAGUUCUGGUGGACUUGGAGCCUGGCACUAUGGACUCUGUUCGGUCUGGUCCUUUCGGUCAGGUGUUCAGACCUGACAACUUUGUCUUUGGCCAGAGUGGAGCCGGUAAUAACUGGGCUAGAGGCCACUACACUGAGGGAGCUGAGCUGGUGGACUCGGUUCUGGAUGUGGUGAGAAAAGAGGCGGAGGGCUGCGACUGCCUCCAGGGCUUCCAGCUCACGCACUCUCUGGGAGGAGGCACAGGUUCUGGCAUGGGUACACUCCUCAUCAGCAAGAUCCGAGAGGAGUACCCGGAUCGAAUCAUGAGCACUUUCAGUGUUGUGCCCUCACCUAAGGUGUCGGAUGUGGUGGUGGAGGCCUACAACGCCACGCUCUCUGUCCACCAGCUGGUGGAGAACACAGAUGAGACCUUCUGCAUCGAUAACGAGGCCCUGUAUGGCAUCUGUUUCCGUACUCUGAAACUCACCACACCCACCUACGGUGAUCUCAACCACCUGGUCUCAGCCACCAUGAGCGGGGUGACCACCUGCCUGCGCUUCCCUGGCCAGCUGAAUGCCGAUCUGAGGAAACUGGCUGUCAACAUGGUGCCCUUCCCCAGGCUGCACUUCUUCAUGCCAGGCUUCGCCCCCCUGACCAGCCGGGGCAGUCAGCAGUACCGGGCUCUGACGGUCUCUGAGCUCACCCAGCAAAUGUUUGAUGCCAAGAACAUGAUGGCAGCGUGUGACCCGCGCCACGGGCGCUACCUGACGGUCGCCGCCAUCUUCAGAGGACGCAUGUCCAUGAAGGAGGUGGACGAGCAGAUGCUGAACGCGCAGAACAAGAACAGCAGCUACUUUGUGGAGUGGAUCCCCAACAACGUCAAGACGGCCGUCUGCGACAUCCCUCCACGCGGUCUYAAGAUGGCCGCCACUUUCAUCGGCAACAGCACGGCCAUUCAGGAGCUGUUCAGACGCAUCUCAGAGCAGUUCACCGCCAUGUUCCGUCGCAAAGCCUUCCUCCACUGGUACACUGGUGAAGGUAUGGAUGAGAUGGAGUUCACCGAGGCUGAGAGCAACAUGAACGACCUGGUGUCAGAGUAUCAGCAGUACCAGGAUGCCACCGCAGAGGAAGAGGAGGAGUUUGUAGACGAGGCUGAAGAAGAAGGAUACUAAACAUGGGUGUAGCCAAGAUUUGUUUUUAUUUUUUAUUUUUUCAUGGGGUCUUUUUGAGUUAACUGUAGAGUAAGGGGUCGUGUUUAGGCUAUAGAAACGACCAGUAAAUGACUAAAAGUCAAUGGAAAGUCCCCACAAGGAUAGAGAAACGUUGCUUGUGUGUGUCUUUGCUUCACAGUUCUGCUCUCACCUGGUGUCACCUGUUCCUAGUAGUUGAUUCCCCAGGUGUUUGAGAUUUGUGUUCAGUAGGGUUUCCUUUAUAUUCUCUUUAUGUUUGAGUUAAUCCUGCUUUGUGUUUUGGCUGAGCCAAGUUGUGGUUGUUCUCUGUGGCAACGUGUUUUAGCAAAGAAGUUAGAAUGUCAGCAGGAGCUUUAGGUGACAAAAAUACUCCUGUUCAUGUCACUGAAAACUGUUGUUCAAACUUGUUUAAAUCUAGCAGCAAGAGUUAAAAACUGGUUAUUUGAAAUUACUCAUUCUUUG